GUGGUGUGCUGGAAAUGUUCGGACAACAAGGUGGCGCUCGAAUACGACGGCAACAAGGUGAACAAAGUCUGCAAAGACUGCUACUCCAUCCUGAAGGGAGAGGGCAUCGCCGAGGGCAAGAAGAAGGGCAUCCUCGAGAUCGAGGCCGGGCAGUUCGCAGACAGCAGCAUCAUGUGCGGCUUCCUGCAGUACUCGGAGAAGAGCAAACUUUGGCAGAAGGUUUGGUGUGUGAUCCCUGAGAAGGAGUGUCUGGUGCUCUACCUCUACGGAGCUCCGCAGGAUGUGAAGGCCCAGUGCUCCAUCCCCCUGCUGGGUUAUUCUGUGGACGACAGCGCCCGGCCCGCGGACCCUCCAGCCAGCUUCCGCCUCUCCCAGUCCAAGUCCGUCCACAACUUUGCUGCCGAAACCGAGGAGCUGAAGCAGCGCUGGCUCAAAGUGAUUCGAGUGGCGGUGACGGGAGAUUUGCCAGAACGGCCCGACACCAACGGCAGCAAUGCCAACGUGCUGGACAACAACAACACGCAGGAAGCCAGUACUGACAGCUCCUAAGGGUGUGUUUUCUACAAACUGCUGUUGGACUUUCUUUGUUUUUUUACAUGCAAACUGCUGUGGGAUUGCUCCAGAGAGAUGGGAUGUGCAGAUGUGUGCUGCAUGCACAAAAUACAAACACACACUCUCCCGUUCUGUCCUUGAAUCUUAAAGACAAAAGUGGAGAAGUUAGUGCUGGAGAAGCUGCCUUUCCUUCUGUCUCCCCUGAUGCUCACUUUAUGCCUGGAUUUUCUUCUGCGAGAUCCCCCGCUAGAGCUGUGCUGGAUUACUAACGGACAUUUCUGGUACAAUCAACACUAGAGCAGAGGGGCUCUCAGGAUAGAUCAACUUCCCUCAGACAGUCACUAUCACGGACCUGAGCCAGUGGACUACCACGGACUAACAAAGCACCCUGUCCAGGAUGUGAAUCAGAGCUAAAGGGCGGUCCAAACUAAGUCUGCUGGUGCUGUAACUCUGUGUACCUGUACAGUAUGGUUUCUUUUUAUUUUCCCGAAAGGAACGGUUGUGUUUUUAUGUACAGAAAAAUAGCCCUAAACUUUGUUUCUAUAAAAUAGAAAAACAUCUAAGUAUGAUAUAAACUAUUUACAGUAUUUUCUUCUUUUCUUUGCUUGAGAAGAUGGUUCCAUGUGUUUGGAUAAUGAUGGUCUCGUCUCUCCUCUCCUGUCAACAAAAUCCUCACCAAUCCAAUCACACUCUGGAUGCACAUCAGAAAACAACCUGUGAAUAUGGAGCCUGUUAAGCUAAAGGAACUUAUUUGCAAAUCAAAGCACCACAAGAGUCUAAAAUACGACUAGCUGGGUUAAAUCGAUGGGCGGCACAGAGAAAGUCUUUCAGUUUUUAGUCAAUCUUUCAUAAAAAGAAAUAAUUUAUAUAAGACCAAAUGUGAAUGUCUGUUUCUAGCUCAUCUAAUUUAUUGAAUACCUGACAAGUGUUUGUUAAUGUGCCAUCCAACACCGCUGAUUUACAGCAUUACCCAUGAUGCUAUUUAAUUAAUAAUGACGCAGGUAUAAAGUGUGUACCGAGGAUUCACUACCGUAGAUCUGAAUGCGUCUGAGUUUUGACUUCCUUCUCUGUGAAUCCCCCAAUCUCUCAGUCCAUCACCCUUAAUGCAGAAGACAAACCUGUUAAUCUUACUAUAACAUUAUCUCAAACUAUAAAGUACGUGUCGCUAUGCUUCGCCCAAUCCUCUGGCCUGCACGGUGUCGUUUGUAUUUAAACUUGCACAUUGCGAUCAUGCAUCCUGAGGCGGAUCUGUAAACGUCUGUCUGUCUGUCCAGAGGAGGCCUCGGUUCACAGGGAGAGAGACGAGCAGCGAUCGUUCUAAUCUUUGUGCGGCAGAGUUUUUCUGUUUAGUUGUAAAUGCAGCACAAUCAGACGUAGCGAGCUGGUGCGACGAGUGUAAAUGUGUUUUUAAUGCUGUAAUUAAUUUUAUUAUUUAAAGUAAUUUAUAGAGUAUGACAAGCAUGAUCUGUUAAACGUAGCACAAAUUCGUUCCCCUACUGUCGACUAAGAAGUGCAUUAGGUAGAUGAUAUUUUUUCUGAGAAGAUGUUUUGUUUUCUUAUUUUUUUCUCCCACUAACCCUUGAAAUGUGUCGCAGCGACCAGCCUCGGUGCUGGACGGACUGCAGGCGGGGGGGAAACGUGCCUAUAUCUUCCACAGUGUUCACGUCCAUGGUCCCGUCGGCCAAGUUCGCCCUUGUGCUCAAUGCUGGUGCUCACCCGAGUCUCACCUCGCUGAACUUUCCCCCAUCCUCACUAUUCAAAUAAAAAAACAAAAAACACACAAAACAACAAGAGCACAAACUUUCUGUCUGUUAGAUCUGAAUGUAUAUCCAGAUUUGUAUGUGUCCUCUCAUCCCCUCCCCAAAGAUUUGAGAAUCUACGCACUUUACGGUCUAAAAAGUGUACCUUCAAGGAAAAUAAACUGAGAUUAAAAUGACUUCUGUGCA